AUAAAGGAGAGUUACAAAGCAAACCAAACACACUUAUCAAUCUAGGUUUCUUCCUAGAGAAGAAGAAAAGAAAGAUAGAGACACUCCAUAAGAGAUAAAAAUGUUACAAAAUGUAACUUAUAUAUAAGAAAAAGACUUCACUAUCUUCUUAUAGCAACUUAUAUAUUACUACUUUGACAACAAAGUUUUGAUCUUUCUCUCCUCUUCUAAUUUGUCCACAUAGGAUCCUAUUAGUCCUUAGAAUUCCAAGGAAACAAAGUUUCAGCUUCAAGGAAGAUGAAAAAGUUCUGAACUUUGAUCAUAGUUUUGCAUGGCUAGUCAUAGAAUUAGAGAGAUUGGUUUAUCUGAGUCAGGACCUUCAAGUCAACAUGUCCCUUAUGGUGUUCUUCAUGGAAUCACUAGCUCAUCAUCAACUUUAAUGAAUCAAGGGUCUGCUUUUGAUUUUGGAGAGCUUGAAGAGGCAAUAGUUCUUCAAGGAAUCAAGAUAAGAAAUGAUGAAGGAAGCAAACCAGCAGCUACACUUGAAAUGUUUCCUUCAUGGCCAAUUAGGUUCCAACAAACACCAAGAGUUGUUGCUUCUCUCACUUCUCCAUCUUUGACCAAUCCAUAUGGAGGUUCAAAAUCAGGAGGUGAAAGUAGUGAUUCAGGAUCAACAGAGAUUCAAUUUGAAACAGAUUCACCAUUAAGUAUAAAAGCAUCUUCUUCUUCAGAUCAUCAUCAUAAUCAUGGUUUUGAUCAGAUUCAGCAGCAACAGGAGAUAGCAACAACUGAUGAAGCUGCUUUAAGAACAGGCACAUCACAGAAUCAGUCAAAAGCCAAAUCACCUCAACAAAAGAAAAAAGGAGCUGUUUCCACAUCAGAAAAAACACUUGAUCCAAAGACACUAAGAAGAUUGGCACAAAAUAGAGAAGCUGCAAAGAAAAGCCGAUUAAGAAAAAAGGCUUAUGUACAGCAGCUCGAGUCAAGUCGAUUAAGAUUAUCGAAUCUCGAACAAGAUCUUCAAAGAGCGCGAUCGCAGGGACUAUUUUUAGGCUGUGGUGGUGGAAAUAUAAGCCCUGGAGCUGCAAUGUUUGACAUGGAGUAUGCAAGAUGGCUAGAGGAAGAUCAACGGCAGUUGACCGAGCUUCGUGGCGGGCUGCAUGCAGCAUUGGCGGAUAAUGAACUUAGAGUGAUUGUUGAUGGAUAUCUGUAUCAUUACGACGAGCUUUUCCGCUUAAAGGAAGUCGCUGUUAAAUCGGAUGUUUUUCACCUUAUUAAAGGUAUUUGGACUUCUCCGGCCGAGCGACCGUUCAUUUGGAUAGGCGGUUUCAAGCCCUCCGAGCUCAUCACGAUGUUGACACAACAAUUGGAGCCUCUAGCUGAGCAACAAAUAGUAGGGAUAAUGGAGCUAAGACAAUCAUCACAUCAAGCAGAAGAAGCUCUCUCUCAAGGCCAUGAACAGCUCCACCAUUGUAUCGUCGACACCAUUGCCGGAGGGCCGGUCAUUGACGGCGUUCAACAGAUGGUCGCUGCCAUGGCCAGAAUCUCCAACCUUGAAGGAUUUGUCCACCAGGCUGAUAAUUUGAGACAACAAACACUUCAUCAACUAUGUCGAAUAUUGACUGUCCGUCAAUCAGCAAGAUGUUUUAUUGUAAUCGGAGAAUAUUAUGGACGUCUUCGAGCUCUCAGUUCUCUUUGGGCUUCGAGACCACGAGAGAACUUGAUGAAUGAUGAUAAUUCAUGCCAAGCAACAACGGAAUUGCAAAUGGUUCAACCUUCACAAAGUCAUUUCUCUAGUUUCUGAAAUAUUAAUAUGUAAUUGAUUGAUACUAAUUAUUACUAAUUAAUUAGCUUGAAAGCUUCUUUUUGCAAGUGGAUAUCUUUGGGUUGCAUCAUCAAGAAUAUAUAUUUAUUAUCUUUGUGUCUCUAUGUUUUAUUGUAGUUGCAUGCUUUACACAAGUGUGCGCAUGCAUAUGCCAUAUUUUAAUUGGUAUAUCAUGAGUAAAAUAGUGAUGAAAAUCGAGUCAAAUAGAAUAUGGUGGAUAAAAAAUGAAGUGGGUUUUUGGGCGUGAUUCAUAUGCUAUAUGAUAUUAUAAUAUGCUUGUGUGAUACGAUAUAUCAAGCUAUGUUUCGUUUUUUUAUGAAUGGCUUUUGAGGUAUGCAGAAGGGUGGAAUAAAUUUGAAGGGCUGGUUUUAUAUGUAAAAGAUUGUUGGGUUUCUUUUAAUUUAACUUCAUGAAAGUUUAACACUGAAAAUGUUGUUGCAAUGCCAAGCAACUUGUAUUUCACUUAGAAGAAGAUAAUUGGAGAUUGGGUUAUGUCUAUGGUAAGGAAGAGGAUUAUUGGGUUUCUAAAUAUAUAAUUAGAAAAUCAAUUAAUUAACUUUUAAAACUUACGAGUUGUGAUAGUCUGUGAUCUUACGGGUUGAUCGGAAUUUGAAGUGGGUCAAAGACUUCGUCUAUAAUGGUGGAAUCAAGGAGGAGGGGGUGUACCUGCAAGACACUCUGAUGCUAAAGUCAAUAAGAGUUCAGAGAUACGUGAGAGUGUUUUGAAGAUAAAAUUUGAGUUACCCGACCCUCUCAAGAGAGAGGGUAUUUAUACUGC